AUGAACCAUCUGAUGAAAGCAAGCACAGUUGUAACAAACUCAAAUGACGAUCAUACACCCACACUAGUUAAUAAUGAAAAAAUGCUUCUUAUAAAUGGAAAUUUUUCAGCCGAACCAACAACACCAUGUUUUGUAUUAAAUACACCAAAUACUUGUACAAAAAAUCAAUCGUUUUAUUACGACAUUCCAUGUUCUAUGCAUACAUCAACAUUAAUGGACACCCAAUCACCAAGUGUCCCAAUACUUACUCAAUCGCUUGGACAAUCUCAACCUCCUGCAUUAUCAGAUUCAUCGUCGUCUAUUGAUACAGUAACAUCUCAUCAAACUUCUCCGAAUCAAAGUUCAACAACAGCAGCAGCAACAACAACAACAUCAUCAUCAUCAUCAUCAUCAUCAUCCUCGACUUCAUCAGUAGUUGUUACUAGUAGUUCAACAUUAUCAAACGUUGUUGAUGCAUCGUCAAUAUUAUCAUCAUCAUCGGAUAUCCAUGACGAUAGAAAAAUGCAAUUACCACGUAGUUUAAUUAGUGAAAAUAAGCCAUUUCCAUUAAAUCUACAACUAAAAAAGUCUAUUCCUCACAUAAUAACAACGUCGCCGUCGUCAGUGUCAUCGAAAACAUUAAUUGAAAAUUUAAAUUCAAAUUUAAAUGAUUCAAACACGAAAAAUGAUCUUGAUACAGCAAAUGUUAAUGAUGAAAUUCAUUCACUAUUAACAUCUAAUCCAGUUGCUACCGAUUAUAGUAUCAAUCCGCCGAACAGUACAACAUCAGUAUCAAAUUCUAUAACAGUAGCCUCAUCAUCAUCAACAAAUGAGACAACAAUGAAUUAUGUUGAUCAAUCUCAUUAUGUCUCCUAUGAAACACAUCAAGCACCUCCGUCCUAUCACGAAGUUCUAGUUAAACCGUCAACAACUAUUAAUGGUUUUAUGCCAACAAUAAAUUUAAAUGGUAACAGUCUUUCAUAUGUAAAAUCAGCGGGAACAAAUGAUUGGACAAACAAUUCAACUAAUACAUUUAACAUACAAACGCCAAUAAUAUCAUCUUGUGUUAAAAAUGAACCACAAGAUUAUCCAACAUCAAAUAUUACUGGUCAACUGAUGCAUUUUAUUAAACCGAAAAGUUCUCCAAAUCGACCAUCGAAAACUCCGUUACAUGAAAGACCAUUUGCAUGUCCUAUUGAAUCUUGCCCAAGAAGAUUUUCAAGAUCGGAUGAAUUAACAAGACAUAUUCGAAUUCAUACUGGAGAUAAACCGUUUCAAUGUAAAAUUUGUGCUCGAGCAUUUUCAAGAUCUGAUCAUUUAACAACACAUAUUCGAACACAUACGGGAGAAAAACCAUUUUCUUGUGAUACAUGUGGUCGUCGUUUUGCUCGAUCUGAUGAACGUAAACGCCAUGGAAAAGUUCAUCAGAAAAAUCGUAAUGCUAAUAUUAUGCAUCAUUCAUUGACAAAAUCACCGCAGCAAUUCAAUUCAUUAAUUUUACCAAAUGGUUUGAUUCAAAAUAUGAAUGACGAUGAUCAAAUUAACGAUGAUAUUGCUGAUGAUGUCGAUGAUAGUUCAUCACAACAUAGUGGCAAUGAUCUAUCGGAACAACAGCAGCAACAACAACAACAACAACAACAGCAGCAGCAACAGCAGCAGCAGUUUUUAUGUCAACCACAUCAAAUUCAUCUGCAAGCACAUUGGGGGUGA